AGCUUGAAACCACCACCACGAUUACCACCUAGCACGAAGCACUGCAAAGUCCGGCUUGCUUCAGUUCACCGGCAUGGCGUACCGAGUGCUGGAGGUCACCCUCCUGUCAGCCAAGGACCUGAAGAGCGUGAACCUCAUCACGCGCAUGGAGGUGUACGCGGUGGCGACCAUCUCCGGCGACCCGAUCACUCGCCAGUGCACCCCGCCGGACCCCCACGGCGGCCGCAACCCGACCUGGAACGCCACGCUCCAGUUCGCCGUGCCGCCCACCGCCGAGGAGGCCACGGGCGGCUGCCUCCACAUCCUCCUCCGCGUCGAGCGCAUCUUCGGCGGCGACCGCGACGUCGGCGAGGUCAUCGUGCCCCUGUCCGAGAUCCUCACCGGCGUCGGGCACGGCGCCGACUACGGCGCCCACAGCAUGCCGCAGUUCGCGUCCUACCAGAUCCGCAAGGUGCACCGCACCGAGGUGCGCGGCCUGCUCUACCUCACGUAUCGUCUCGGCCCCAUCGUGCUGCCGGAGCCCCAUCUGGAGGUACCCGUCGACGAGUGGCCGGUCGUGGCGUACCCGGCGAAGCAGGUGAUGCCGCCGCCGCCGCCUCCACCGCAGGCUGCCUGGCCCGGGUAUGUGGCCGCGGCACCGCCGGCAAAACCACCUGCCGGCUACGUGGCUGUGCCACCGCCUCCACCUGCAAAGCCAGCCGGCUACAUGGAUGUGCCGUUUUCGCCUGAGAAAGCACCCGGGCAUACGGCCUGGCCGUCUCCAAUACCUUACUGGUACGGGUCCGCGCCAUCACCUGCAAAGCAAGAAGGGCAUGCCGCCGUGCCGCCGUCUCCGAAACCUUCUGGGUACGGGACCGCGCCAUCGCCUGCAAAGCACGAAGGGCAUGUCGCCGUGCCGCCGUCUCCUCAUCCUUAUGGGUACGGGAGCGCGCCAUCGCCGGCAAAGCAAGAAGGACAUGUCACCGUGCCGCCGUCUCCGAAACCUUCUGGGUACGGGGCCGCGCCGUCGCCUGCAAAGCAAGAAGGACAUGUCGCCGUGCCGCCGUCUCCAAAGCCAGCCGGCGGACAUGUCGCCGUGCCACCGUCUCCUGAACCAUCCGGUCGGGUGGUGUCCAUGCCGCCUUCUUCAAAACCAGUCGGGCGUGUGGUGUCUAUGCCACCGUCUACUCCGAAACCAUCAGGUCAGGUGACGUCCAUGCCACCUUCUCCAAAGCCAGUGGAACGUGCGGUGUCCAUGCCGCCGUCUCAGAAACCGGUCGAACGUGUGGUGUCCAUGCCGCCGUCUCAGAAACCGGCCGGGCCUGCGGUGUCCAUGCCGCCGGCUCCGAAACCGGUCGACCGUGUGGUUUCCAUGCCGCCGUCUCAGAAACCGGCCGGGCAUGUGGUGUCCAUGCCGCCGGCUCCGAAACCGGUCGACCGUGUGGUGUCCAUGCCGCCGUCUCAGAAACCAGUCGGGCGUGUGGCGUCCAUGCCGCCGUCUCCAAAGCCAACCGAGCAGCAUGUGUCCUUGCCGCCAUCUGCAAAACCAGCGGCACAAGUGGCCCCGCCACCGUCUCCAAAACCUUCUGGAUACGAGGCCCCGCCACCGUCUCCUCCUAAACCAGCUGCACAUGUGGCCGUGCCGCCGUCCCCAAAACCAUCAAGUCAUUACACCGUGCCGCCGUCUCCAACACCCGCCGGACAUGUCGCCACCAUGCCGUCGUCGUCUCCGAAACCACCUGUUCAUGCGGUGCCGCCAUCUCCAAAGACAAGCACGCAUGUGACCGUGCCGCCGUCGCCAAAGCCAGCCGGCGGAUAUGUGUCCGUGCCGCCGUCUCCAAUGCCAUCCGGCGGGCAUGUGUCCAUGCCGCCGUCUCCGUCACCAUACGGCCAGGUGGUGUCCAUGCCGCCUGCUCCAAAACCAGCCGCCCAAGUGGCCGUGGCCCCGCCUCCGAAACCAGCCAACUUGCCGGCAGAUCACAACCCCAGCAUGGAGUUCGGGUGGGGGCUGGGCGCCGGCCUGGUCAGCGGCGCAAUCAGCGGGAUGCUGGCCGGCGGCAACAAAGGAGAACCGAUGGCGUACGCACCACAAGCCCCUCCACUCGCCCGCAGCCGUCAAGUGUCUGUGUCUAAGACGUACGGCAGAGAUGUUUACACGCACUAAUAACCUGCUAAGAUCCAAAUUUAGCUUGAUACGAGUGUAUAAACACUUAUACGAUGCACUAGUAAAGAGUGAAGGUUUGGCAUGACUGGGUUUGUAGCUAGUUAUGCUAUAAAUUAAGACAUGGGUACGACUAUGUAUACUUUGUAAUUUGAAAUAAUUAAGCUUUUAUGCUCCUUA